GAGAGAGAGAGAGAGAGUAUACAGUACAUCAGCGCUUUCCCCCCCGUUUUUCAGCGCUCUGCCUCUCCUCUCGUAUCACCGGGAGAAAAAAAGGAGGAAGGAAUAUGGUUUCAGCUGACGCUCCUCCCGUCUCGGCGCUGUAGCGGAUCUCUGGUAGCAGCCUGCGAGGAGGAGGCGGCUGGGGCUCGGUCCGGUUCAAACCCAAACCACCCCCCCCACCCCCUCGGACACAAGCACAGGAUCCUUCCCCGUUGCGAACCAGUGUGCAGGAGCACCACCGGGAGACGGGCUAUAAAUGGUGGAGGCCGUGGUGGAGUUCGACUAUGAGGCUCAGCAGGACGAUGAGUUGAGCCUGACGGUGGGCGACGUCAUCACAAACAUACGCCGGGACGAUGGAGGGUGGUGGGAGGGCGAGCUGGGCGGACGCAGGGGGCUGUUCCCGGAUAACUUUGUCAGGGAGAUAAAAAAGGAAGGGAAGAGGGAUGGAGGACAAGCAAGCACGAUCAAAUCGGACCUGUCCAAUGGCAGAGCGAGUCCAGUGUCUGACCCCAGCGUACGACCAAGCAGGAAAGGGGAGCAAAUCCGUAAGCGGAGGUGUAAAGCGGCGUUCAGCUACCUGCCUCAGAACGAGGAUGAGCUGGAGCUGAAAAUAGGCGACAUCAUCGAGAUUAUAGCGGAGGUGGAGGAAGGCUGGUGGGAGGGGGUUCUAAAUGGGAAGACGGGGAUGUUUCCCUCCAACUUCACCAAAGAGAUCGUGCCGGAGCCGGACAUGCCGUCGCUGGACACGCCCACCUCGCAGGAGGACCUCCGCAGCAGACGCACCAGUAAGGACAGUCCAGGUAGUGAAAGCGAUGGUGGGGACAGUCGGUCUGAUACGGGGUCUGGAGAAAUCCAGCCUAAGAGGGUGCGAGGGUUUGGCUUUGGUGACAUCUUCAAAGACCAGCCAAUCAAGCUAAGGCCUCGCUCCAUGGAGAUUGACUCAGAGGGGGACAAGGCCAUCGCAGGGAAGGCAGCCGGCGUCGCCCCUGAAACCAUGAAGGCUGAACCCGACAGCAAAGCGAAAGGGCGGGAGCUGUGUAAAGUCCUCUUUCCGUACGAAGCACAGAACGAAGACGAGCUGUCCAUCAAAGAGGGGGACAUCCUCACGAUUAUCAGCAAGGACUGUGCCGAUGCCGGAUGGUGGAUGGGGGAGAUCGGGGGAAGGCAAGGCGUCUUCCCCGAUAACUUUGUCAAGAUGUUAGUUCCUGAAGUCGAGAAAGAGAGACCAAAGAAACCACCUCCUCCCAGCGCGCCCUCCGCUAAACACAGCACAGAGAGAAGGUCGGAGGCCAAGAAGGUUCCUCCGGAGCGGCCCGAGCAUCUUCCCCAGAGGGACCAGGACCGAGGUGAGGAGCUGAAGGCUGGAGACAUCCCUAAGCCCGCCCUCCCAUCCAUCCCUCCCAAGAAACCCCUCCCCCCAAAGACAAGCUCCUCCUCCUCUUCCUCCCAACCCCCACGGCGCCCCGAGAGACCGCCCACUAUAGCGAAUGAAAGCCCUAAGUCUGAGGGCGGGGCUUCGACACCAGAGUCUGCUUCUGACAGGUCACAUGACACCGACAUGGACUUGGAUGCGGUGGUCUCAUCCACAGAGAGACUGAAUCAUCCCACGGCAUCGCGGCCACGCGUCACAGACCGCCGGCCUCGCUCCCAGAUCAUCACACCGUCGUCCCUCUCCAGCUCCGAGCUGUUUGACUCGCCCUCGUUGGAGGAGGACAGGAAGGAGAAGGAGCGGGGGAAGGAGGAGCAGGAGUCGCUCCCCCCCAGAUCUCUGGACGUUUCACGGAGGAAAGGAGUUCCCACCAUCUCUGUACCCGACAGUAAAUCAGGGUUACCCCCAAAACCCGCUGUCCUGCCCCCGCCCAACAGCCCCAGCCAGCGCUCCGCCUCCCCUUCCUCCUCCUCGGCCCUAAGCCUCCCCGAGCUCCGGCCCUCACCUCUGACCCCGCCCACCAUGGAGGAACUCCGAAACCAGCUCCGAGACCUGAGGGCCUCCGUGGAGUUGCUGAAGAGCCAGCACAGGCAGGAGAUGAAGCAGCUGGCUAGCGAGCUGGACGAGGAGAAGAAGAUUCGUCUUAGUUUACAGAUGGAAGUCGAGCACAUAAAGAAGAGCCUGUUGAAAUGAAAAAAAAAAAACAAAAGCAUCCUCUCUGGCACACUCUGAUGACAUCACCACGCGGGAAGCCGGCAUGUGAAAACGUUCUCGGCGUUGGCCGUGACGCUCAGCCAUAUAACUUUGUGCCAAACGACCACGACAUCACCAACGCCAUCGACGACGACGACGACGACACGGCGCCAUGGAAACCGCCACCUUCCCCCUCUGUGCCGCCUUAUCCUGCGUUUACUUUUCGUUUCUUUUGAAGAGGCUUCUCUCUUUGUUUACUGCUAUUUUAUUGGAGCUCGCCGUGCCACUGGUACUAACCUGGGCCUGUCGCUGUGUGUUGCCAUGGUUACAGAACAGCGACGCGGAGCAGUGGUUGUCAGGACAACCUCGCUGGUACUGUUGCUUCUGUGUGUGAAGGAAACUUGGAAUUCAACUUCCUUAGCCUGGUUGGUUCAGAUGACCCCUGUGCUGUUCUGUAUCCACUCUGCGGCCUUUGCCUCUCGUCCGUGUGCGUGUGUGUGCGUGUGUGUGUGUGUGUGUGUGAGAGAGAGAGAGAGAGAGAAAGAGAGAGAGAGCUCUUGUAUCUCUGUCCUUGUGAGAACCAGUCUACAUUUCAGACCUGUGCAGUGCGGACGUUUUCACGGAGCGACGUCAUUUUGGCCGGCCCUCAUUUCUCCAGGGGCCUAUAGUCCGGCGACAGGAUUAGGAUUAGAUUCAGGAUUGAGGCCUCUUCAUUUGGCGCAUCUUGUUUGACGUUUCUAUGGUGAACUGCAGGCAGGAAACAUGAAGCGUCAGCAUCAGGGGACUGGAAUUUGAUCUCUCCAUUCUCCUUACUUCUAUAAAUCUUCAAUUAAUUGAUUAAUCUGUCGAGAAAUCUCAGUUUAUAUUUUUUAGAUGAGUCUAGACAUUGUAGCUGAACUGAUGGCAAUUUUUUAAAAAAAAGACUGUGUUGUGCAUUUAAUACCCAGUUAAAUAUACAAAAUAAUUGUUUGAUAUCAAGUCAAGUUUAGAGAGACUCGUUAAGACAGUUUCUUUUUUAUUUUGGCAUUUUUUGUGUUUGUUUAUGUCCUGAAAGUGUUAUUUUGGUGGUUUUGCGGCACAACAGAAGUGAAUGGAGAGAUAUGAUAGAAAUGCAGUAUUGUGGAUUGUGGCAGAGAAGCUCAUGAGGAUAGUUUAGGAUUAGAAGUGGGUUUAGUCUUGAGAUUAGGGCGACGGGUCAGGGAAUGUAGUCAGUGGAAGGUCCUCACAAGCACAGCAAGACAAGUGUGUGUGUGUGUGUGUGUGUGUGUGUGUGAGCGCGCGCGUGCCUCCCUUCCUUAUACGUGCACAGAAUCUACGGCAACCUGUCACUGUGGCCUUCCUGUUUCUGACUCCAGAUCUUUCUUUCUGAUUUUUUUUUUUUUUUUAAUUUUUAUUUUCCCGUUUCGCCAUUCAUUCAUUCUUUCUUUCAAGUCUUUCACGUCUUUCUUUCGACAAAGAGAAAACUGCUACGACUGAGGCUGCAAGUUGUUUUCUUGACUUGGUCCUUUCUCUCCAGGAUAGUGAUGAAUAUAUAUACUUUUAUACUGUAUUUCAGUGUAAUAAAGAUGCUAUUAUGUACUGUACGUGUGCAGAUUUUAAUAAAACAAGAAAACAUGUUGUCCCCCA